AUGUUCAAGAAGCUGAAGCAGAAGAUCAGCGAGGAGCAGGGGGGACGCACUGGUCCACUCCCGCACCAGGUCCUUUCCAGCUCCCCUUCACCAACUGGCAACAGAAGCAGGACAUCUUCAUUUACCGAUCAAAAUGAUGAAGGCACUUUAACACCAGACAAAGAGCUGCUAGCCGGGAUGAUAGCAGAACCUGCUUUUCUCUCUGAGUAUACUAUCUUUGCUUUGGAUCCCACCAAACAACCUAAGCCACAAAGUGAUGGUGUGAAUUUAACUAAACAAUCACCUCCCAGAUCCACAGAAAACAAUGGAAGUGGACCAGUCUCCCUACAGCUGAGUGACACUCAGUCUUUCGCCCAGAGGCUUCAGCUCCGAGUUCCCUCCAUGGAGUCUUUGUUUCGAAGCCCGGUGAAAGAGUCCCUGUUCCGCUCUUCUUCUAAGGAGUCCCUGGUACGAACUUCUUCAAGAGACUCAUUGAAUCGACUGGACAUGGACACAGCUGGUCCCACCUUCAAUCCACCUUCUGACAUUGAAAGUGAAACAGAAGAGCAUUCAGGAAACAUGGACAGCCUCAGCAAAGAGCAGCUGCUGCAGCGACUGCGCAGGAUGGAACGCAGUUUGGGCAACUAUAGGGGAAAAUACUCGGAGCUAGUGUCUGCUUAUCAAGUUAUCCAACAGGAGAAGAAGAAGCUACAGGGCAUUUUGAGUCAAAGCCAGGAUAAAGCAUUUCGCAAAAUUGGAGAACUGAGAGAGGAGCUUCAAAUGGAUCAACAAGCUAAGAAACAUCUCCAAGAGGAAUUUGAUGCUUCGUUAGAAGAAAAAGAUCAACUUAUUAGUGUCCUGCAAACUCAGGUAUCGUUGCUGAAACAGAGGUUACAGAAUGGUCAGAUAGGCACUGAAGUGCCUGAUCCAAAUACCCAAUCGGAACUGCAAGGUCAGAAUCCAACAAAAGAAAUCAGUACAGAAAACACUGUGGAACCAGGAAGCAAUGAGGGCAAUGAAGAUUCUGUUAAAACACUGGAAACUCUUACUCAGAGGGUGAAGCGCCAAGAGAACUUGCUGCAACGUUGUAAGGAGAUGAUUCGGUCACAUAAGGAGCGCUGCGCCCAGUUAACCAACGAGAAAGAGGCACUUCAAGAACAGUUAGAGGAGAGGCUUCAAGAACUGGAAAAAAUGAAGGACCUUCACAUGGCUGAGAAGACUAAACUGAUUACACAGCUCCGUGAUGCCAAGAAUUUGAUUGAGCAGCUAGAGCAAGACAAGGGUAUGGUAAUUGCAGAGACAAAGCGACAGAUGCACGAAACAUUGGAAAUGAAGGAGGAGGAGAUAGCCCAACUGCGUGCUCGGAUCAAACAAGUAACUACAAAAGGCGAGGAAUUAAAGGAACAGAAAGAAAAAUCUGACAAAGCUGCUUUUGAGGAGCUUGAGAGGGCUCUGAGUAUGGCCCAAAAGACAGAGGAGGCCCGGAAAAAAUUGCAGGCAGAAAUGGAUGAAAAAAUCAAAGCAGUAGAAAAGGCAAGUGAGGAAGAGAGGGUAAAUCUCCAACGGGAGUUAACCAGAGUGAAACAGGAGGUGGUUGAGAUUAUGAAGAAGUCUUCAGAAGAGCGUGUUGCUGAGCUAGAAAAAUUCCAUAAAAAAGAAAUGGCUAUGAAAGAUCAGGAGCUAAAGGAGAGAUUGCAGGCUCAAGAAAAGGAAUUCCAGGAGAAGCUGAGGGCAGCUCUUGAAAAAAAUCAGAGUGAGUGUUUAAAAACCCUUCAAGAAAAAGAGCAGCAAGAAUCCCUAGCCUUAGAAGAAUUAGAGUUGCAGAAGAAAGCAAUACGGUCGGAGUGUGACAAGAAAGUUGAGAAGAUGCGUGAAGAAGUAGAGACUUUUAGAACUAGAAUUCUUGAACUGGAAAGCUCUCUGACAAAGUAUUCGCAAGAUGACAGAAAGCAGUCGGAGGAAUUAAGUACUCUGAUGGAGUCUGAAAAAAAGCAGCACAAUAAGGAAAUCAAUGACAUGGUUGAAAAACACAAGAAAGAGUUGGAGAACCUGAAACAGCAGCAGGAAGAGCUUUGGACAGAAAAACUUGAAAUCUUAAAGCAACAACAAGUUAGGGAGAUAGAAAAAAUGAGAGAGAAACAAGAACAAGAGAUAGAUACGAUCUUGAAAGAGAAAGAAACAGCUUUCCGUGCACACAUAGAAGAGAUGAAUGAAAAAACAUUGGAAAAACUUGAUGUGAAACAAACAGAAUUAGAAGCACUGUCUUCUGAGCUGUCAGAAGCACUAAAAAUACGUCAUGAUUUAGAACAAGAGCUCUCAGAAUUGAAUAGUAAAUUGUGCAAAACAAAGCAGGAAUUGGAAGGGAAGUUGGAAGAAGAAAGGAAGCAACACAAUGAAAAGGUUGAAAUGAUGUUAAAAGAGCACGAAAUGUCUAUUCAGGGUGUUGAGAAGGUUCUCAAAGAGGAACUCAAUAAACUCAAGCAAUCAUUGGAGGAGAAAGACAGACAUCUGGAGGAGCUAAAAGCACAUGAACAGAAACUAAAGGAAUCUGCAGGAAGAUCUGAAGCUGAACUUGUCCAAGUGUCUGCAAAGCUAGAGGAGCUUUCAGAGUCUCAUAGCAAUACUUCCAAUGAACAGGCAAAGGUUUAUGAAGAGGAAUUAGCAAAGCUGCAUCAAAAGCUAACAGAUCUUGAAGGUGAAAAAUUACAGCUUAAUGAGCAACUAGAAAGAACUGAAUGCCAGCUGAAUGAAGUGAAGAAUGAUUUAGAGGCAUCCAUCUCUCAGAUAAAUGAUCUGAAGCAACAUUUACAAGAGCAAAGCAAUGAAAAUACACAAAAGGUAACUUCUUUAACACAACAACAUGAAUGUCAACUGGAGGAUCUAAAAAGAGAGGCUGAUGAGACAAAGAGAAGUCUAACUGAUAAGGAAAAUGAAAUUGAACACAUGAAGAACUUACAGAACAAGCAAGUGGAAGAACUUAAUCAGAAACUGUUAGCUGCAGAGGAGAGAAUUAGUGCUUUACAGGGAGAGUAUGAUAGUAAACUGAAACGUCAGGAGAACAAAAUGGAGAAAAUUAAACAGAAAUCAAAAGAUAUGCAGGAAAGCUUCAAAAAGAAACUUGCUGAGCAGGAAGCUAAACUAAAAAAAGAGCUUGAAAACAAGCAGUUAGAGUUCAGUCAGAAAGAGAGUGAAUUCAAUGCUAAAAUGUUAGAAAUGGCACAUGCCAGUUCAGCUGGAAUCAACGAUGCUGUGUCAAAACUGGAAUCUAAUCAGAAGGAGCAACUAGAGAGUCUUGCUGAAGCUCAUAGAAGGGAACUGGAAGAAAUUACCCAGAGUUGGGAGAAGAAACUCAAUCAGCAGAUUGAAGAACUCCAGGAAAAACAUGAAAUGGAAUUGCAAGAGAAAGAGCAGGAAGUUGGAGACCUUAAACAGCAGCUCGCCACCUUCAGUGCUGAGAAGGAGGGCUCCAGAAGCGAAAUAACCCGACUGAAGGAAGAACAAGCAAAAAAAGAGGAGCUCCUGAGGGAACUGCAAGAAGAACUAAAGCAGUCAGUGGCUAAGGCGAAUUCUUUGUCAGAUAGGGAAAGUGACAUGAAAACACAGUUGAAAAAAGUGGAAAGCGAUCUUAAUCAGUCCCUGAAAGAGCAGACUGAACUUCAGGAGCAGCUCAGUAAACAGAAAGCAGUUGAAGAAAAGGACAAAGCCAAAAUUACUGAGUUGGCUGGUACACUGAAAACACUUGAAGAGAAACUCCAAACUGUGCAGUCUUCUCAGCAUAAAGAUCAUGAGAAUUAUGAGAGAAAAAUAGAGGCAAUUCAGCUAAAAGAAAAUGAGUUUAAAAGCCAGUUGGGAGCACUUGCAGCCCAGUUAGAUAAUUACAGUAGGAAUGCUGAAACUUUAUUGCAAACAAAAAGUGAUGAAUUAAUUGAAAAAUGUAAUGAAAAACUUGGCCUAGUAACAUGUAAAAUCACAGAUUGUGAGCAGCGAACUGCAAAACUUAAAGAAGCAAUAUUAAUUAAAAUGAAAAAGUCAAUGCAACAGCUGCAAGAGAAGGACGAUUUAAUUAUGUCCAUGAGAACUGACAUUGAAGGACUUCUAACAGAAAAGGAACAAUUGCAAAAAGAAGGAGGACAUCAGCAGCAAGCAGCAUCAGAAAAGGAAAGUUGCAUAACACAGCUGAAGAAAGAGUUGUCUGAAAAUAUCAAUGCUGUCACCUCAAUGAGGGAGGAACUCCAGGAAAAACAAUCUGAGAUCUCUGCUCUCAACAAAACAAUUCAUGAUCUUAAUGUUAGGCUUGAAGGAACAGUAAGUUUAACAGAGAAGGAAGCAGCCAUGUCUCUGUUAAGCAAGCAACAUCAAGAGGAGCGGUUGCAGUUGUUAAACCAGGUUCAGGAGUUGUCAUCCAGAGUUGAGACACUGAGUCAAGAAAAAGCAUCAGCUCUUGAGCAGGUAGAUCAUUGCAGGGCCAAGCUGUCAGAGUGGAAGACAAAAGCACAAACCAAGUUUACACAAAAUCAUGAUACUAUUAAAGAUUUGCAGAGCAAGCUUGAAUUAAGCAAUAUUGAAUCCAAUCAAAAAGAUGAAGAGUUAAAUAAACUGAAGGAGCAGCUGGCUAAGCAAAGUAAGAAUCUUGAUAGUUUAAAAAGUGAUCUGGAACAAAAGCAAAACCAGAAGGAAAAGCAAGAAAGUGAGUUAACUGAUAAGUUAAAAAACCAAGCAGCAAGGAUUUUUGAACUAGAAGAAAACAUUGCUGAGAAAACUUCAGAAAAUGUUUCCUUGAUGGAGGAACUUAAAAAGUACAGUGAACAGAAGGACACAGAGCAAAAAGAAAUAGCUCAGCAACUUCAGCAGGCAGAAAAGGUGGCUUUUGAAAAGGACAAUAGAUUUAAGGAGGCUGAAGAGAAAGUGGCUAGUCUUGAGAAGCAAAUAGGUUCACUGAAAGUGGAAUUUGAAGCAAAGGAGAAGGAAUUUGGUCAAUUCAAGUCAGAGAUGCUUAAAAGGAAAGAGGAAGAAAUGAAAGAAUUGGAAGAUAGACUGAAUGCAGAGAACAGCACUAAGCUGGCAGACCUGAAAAAGAAGGCAGAGCAGAAAAUUGGUUCCAUUAAAAAACAAUUGAUGUCCCAGAUGGAAGAAAAGGAACAACGAUUUAAGCAGGAUAAAGAAAAUCAGUUAAGAGACUUGGAACAAAAAGUGCAGGAGAGAGAGGCCAAAAUUGAGUCCUUAGAAGGAAAAAUUAAGCUAACAAGAGAUCCUGCAGAACUGGAGAAAGAAAUGCUGCAAAAAGUAGAAAGUGUAAAAGCUGCUGUUGAACAAGAAAAGAAAAGUAUGCUCGAGAGCGUCCAACAGUCAUAUGAAGAGAAAAUGCGUGUGCUACAGAAGGGCUUAACUGAGAGAGAUGAAUUACUGCAGAAGUAUGAAAAGGAACAACAAGAGACUAAUGACUCGUGUCUCCAACUGCAAAACAAACAGGAAGAACUCCUUAAAAAACUAGAAUGUGUGGAGAAGAGCCAUCAGGAGGAGCAGAGUAGAUCUGAAAGCCUCAGGAAAGAACUGGAGGAGCAAACCAAAAAAUACUCCUUGUUAGCAGAUGAGCAUGCACAUUGUGGCGGUGAUUCAGCAAGCAGUAGAGAAGAGUUAAAAGCUAAAGAACAAAAGCAUCUUGAUAUGGAGAAUGUAAUUGGAGAUUUUCAGAAAAAAUUGCAGGAAAAGGAGGCUGUCAGUCACACUUUAGAACAGAAGAUAAAAGAGUUGGAAAAUAGUCUAGUGAAGGAAAAAGAAGCACAUAAGGUUGAGAUGGAAGAUAUGACUUUCAGGUAUGAAGAAAAGCUAACAAGUUUACAGCAGCAGUUGGAUGAAAGAAAUGACAGCCUCAAAGCUUUUGAGGGAAAUGCUGAAGAAAAGGCUAAGUCUGAUUUAGAGCUGCAGAAGUUGCUAGGUGAUAUGCAAAACCAGCAGAAGGACCUGCAGUGUAAACUGGAAGAGACUGAAAGGGAGAAACAGAAACUACGGAAAGAAGUCAAUAACCUUCAGAAGGACUUGCGUGCUCUGCGGAAAGAACAUCAACAGGAGCUUGACAUAGUAAAAAAGGAGUCCUUAGAAGAAAUGCAGCAGAAAAUCAGAUGUGAACAAGAAGACAUAGAGUUAAAGCACAACUCCACCUUAAAGCAGUUAAUGAGAGAGUUCAAUACUCAGCUGGCUCAAAAAGAGAGAGAAUUGGAAAUGGCAGUGAAAGAGACGAUCAGUAAAGCCCAGGAGGUAGAAACUGAAUUGAUAGAAAAUCAUCACAUAGAGACAACACAGUUGCAUAAAAAAAUUGCUGAAAAAGAUGAUGAUCUAAAAAGAACUGUGAAAAAAUAUGAAGAAAUCCUUGAGGCUCGUGAGGAAGAGAUGACAGCAAAAGUUUAUGAGUUGCAAGCACAGCUAGAAGACUUGCAGAAGGAAUACAAACAAAGGAUAGCAGAAGAGGAAAGUUGGAACAGUGAAAAAGUCACAAUAAUGGAACUUCAGGCACAGCUAGCACAGAAGACAACACUAGUCAAUAAUUCCAAACUGAAAGAGCAGGAGUUCAAAGAGCAGAUUCAUGUACUGGAAGAUCGGCUGAAAAAUUACGAGAAGAAUAUGUAUGUGACUUCAGUUGGAGCACCAUACAGAGAUGGGAACCUUCACCACACUGAUGUUUCCCUCUUUGGGGAGCCUACUGAGUUUGAAUACUUGAGGAAAGUGCUAUUUGAAUAUAUGAUGGGCCGUGAGACAAAGACAAUGGCCAAGGUUAUAACAACAGUGCUGAAGUUCCCAGCAGAUCAGACUCAGAAGAUACUAGAACGAGAAGAUGCUCGACCAUUGUUUGCCUCACCUCGCAGUGGUAUCUUCUGA